CAUUUCCGCUAUCGUAAUUUUUAACUUGGCAAGCUUAGUUGGUUUUCAAUGAAUCGUUACUUAAUCAAUCUUUCCUACAUCGGCACACGGUUUCGUGGCAUUCAGCGGAAAAUCGACAAAACCGUCGGCCAGUUUAAGGAUCCACAUACCGUGCAAGGAGUCAUCGAGGAAGCUCUGCUGAAGCUGCGACCAGUUAAUGAGCCCCUAUUGAAACUCUCCAGUCGCACAGAUACUGGCGUCCAUGCGCUGCACAACACUGUCCAUGUAGAUUUGGAACGCCCGAAUGGAAAACCGUACACUGUGGAUCGUAUUACACAGACACUUAACCGUGCGUUCGAGCGAGAUGGUCAAUCGCUCCGUAUCAUUAGCACCGUACACGUCCCGCUUACCUUCCACGCACGAUUAUGUGCCAAAUCGCGCACCUAUUUGUAUCGGUUGGCGGUGUUGAAGAGAGAGUACUCCUGUGAUCCUUCUCGACUGCAUCAUCCACACACACGCUUCAUUCCUAUAGAGGAACACGAUCGUUGCUACUUUUUAGGACAUUCGCGGUUCGAUAUCGAAACAUUCGCCACGGUUGCUCGGAUGUUCGAGGGAAAGCAUGAUUUUCGAACGUUCAUGUCCGUUGCUAAGGGUAAUCCCCGGCAACAGGAAGCGAUGCAUUCGUUAAGACAUAUUGAUGAGAUUACGGUGGAGCGAGGACAAACCAUGACGGCGGCAUUUAAUAGGGAAAGAACAGAACAGUUUUAUGAAUUUUGGGACGUACGGAUACGGGGACGAUCGUUUCUAUAUCGUCAGGUACGUCGCAUGGUAGGUGCGUGGGUCGCUGCAGCUGAAGGGCGGAUCAACGAACGCGACAUCUAUCGAAUGCUUACCGUGCCGUCCCAAAAUUCCUGGUGCACCAACGUGUUCGUAGCGCCCGCUUACGCUCUCUAUCUUUGCCACGUAGAGUACGAUCCGCUGGAUUUGGUCUUUUCGAGUGCAGCUACCGAAAGUGACGAUGGCCAGCUUUCUCGAGCAAUUGCGCAAUCGCAAGACAGAGUUGCAGCGUACGGAAACUACAGUCACGUACAUGGACGGUAGUCGUAAAAUUUUCCGUAAUAACGUCGAAUUCGAUGCACCACCACGGUUGGGUUUCAUUGUAGAUAAUAGCCCAGAUCAGGUGCCGGCCUGCAUUGUGGCCCAAUUUCUUUACCUCGGAUCACAGGACUGUGUGCGGCAGGAAGUGCUGGAGAAGUAUGGUAUCACGCAUGUACUCAGCGUUGGCAUCGAAACACCACCAAUCGUGGAAUACGACGACGAUGGCGAGCGUAUUAUAGAGACGAUG